GAAACAUCAAUAAUCAUAAAAAAUAACCAAGCCCUCCAUCUCUUCUUGUUUAACUAAACCAUGGCUGAGGGAAAAGGUGGUACAGUGGUGGUAAUAAUGGUGAUAUGUCUACUAGUGAUGGCGUUGCAAUGCGAUGCAUAUCCUGUUUGUAGUAGUUAUGUCGUUGGGGGUAAAACUGGUUGGAAUAAGAACUUUAAUAACGGUUGGUUAGCUAACGUUGCGUUACAGCCUUGCGACAAAUUUGUUUUUAACUACCCAAAAGGAAAACAUAAUGUUGCGGUAGUGAACAAGACAGGGUUUGAUGGGUGCAAGACUACUCCUAGCGAUAAGGUUUACACAAGUGGAAAAGACGAAAUUGCCCUCAAGGACGGUGCUAACUACUUCAUUUGCAGUAUCCCUGGUCAAUGUCCUCCGAUGAAGAUCAAAGUAGACUUCACUUGAAGAUUCAAAUAUUUGCAUCAUAAAUUCAAAAUAACAAUAAUAAUAUAAUAAAUAUUAGUGAUAAUGAAGAAUCGAUCAAAUCUAUGAACUUAUGCGUGUACUAAAAUUUCGAUACGCUUUAAUUAAUGUUAUAUGGAUUAUGUUAUAGACAAAAUUCGCUCAUUAUAAUAUUUGGCCAUAAAUUAAGGAACUUUAAAGUGUUGUUAUCUACGGUACGUUUUAUUGUACAUACUAGGUUAUAGA